GAGCAACGCUUGAUCAUGGAACAUGGACUAAGGCGAGGGCGACGGAGGCAGCCGCCGCGGCAGCAUCAGCAGCAGCCUCCCGGAGAGUCUCCGGUGCAAUGAAUCCCGCCGCGACCCGGUUCUGUCUGCACGAGGAGAGCCCCGCCAGCGGUCUGAUGCUUGUCCGGUGCUUGGCGAGCAACUUCGCGUCAGCCUGACUCCUUAGGCAGGAGAGGCGAGGGGGGCGGGCGGCGAUGGAGUGGGUUGCCCCGCUCGGGUGUUGAACUGUCUGCCUUUCCCGCCCCAUCACCGGACUGCUCGUUCCGUUUUGGAGCUCGCAAUGACAGGAUCCGGCUCCAACGCUUCCCGCAACCCCCACCCCAAAGGAGACAAAGGGGGCCGCUCCAGGAGUUCCCACGCUCGGCCGACCAAUAUCACCAACAACGGGGGCUCGGAAGAGGAGGACAAAGACGGAGGGGUGGCAUUCUUUGUCAACAAAAGUGGCUUUCCGAUCGACGGGCAAACCUGGGAACGGAUGUGGGGGCACGUGGCUAAGGUGCACCCUUCAGGCAAAGAGAUGGUAGAAACCAUAAGGAAUGCUACCUUCCUUGCAAAGCCUUCGGUGCCCUCCGUGCCAAACUACAAGACUUGUAUGACCAUCCCAGAAUGGCUUCAGGCAAUACAGAAUUACAUGAAGAUGCUGCAAUACAAUCAUACUGGAACUCAAUUCUUUGAAAUUAGAAAAUCAAGACCUCUAAGUGGGCUGAUGGAAUCAGCACGAGAAAUGACCAGGGAAUCUUUACCUAUCAAAUGCCUUGAAGCAGUUAUCCUGGGGAUAUACUUAACCAAUGGGCAGCCUUCCGUGGAGCGAUUCCCGAUCAGCUUUAAGUCCCACUUCUCAGGGAACAAUUUUCAUCAUGUGGUGCUUGGGAUUUAUUUCAAUGGCCGAUAUGGAUCACUGGGAAUGAGUCGAAGAUCAGAGCUGAUGGACAAGCCUUUGGUCUACCGGACUCUGAGUGACCUCAUCUUUGAAUUUGAAGAGUCCUAUAAAAAGUACUUGCACUCAGUAAAAAAAGUGAAAAUUGGAUUGUAUGUCCCCCACGAGCCGCACAGCUUUCAGCCCAUUGAGUGGAAGCAGCUGGUGCUCAACAUAUCGAAGAUGAUGCGCUCAGAGAUAAGGAAGGAGUUGGAGAAAUACGCCAGGGAUAUGAGAAUGAAGAUUUUGAAGCCCGCCCAUUCUCCAGUCAAGCAGAGAUCCCGAGGGAAGUCCCUGUCGCCUCGACGCAGACAAGCCAGCCCUCAGAGGCGGGCCUGCCGGCGUGACAAAUCGUGA